UCAAAACCAAUUUAACGCGCGCAGAUUCUGCCAUGUGGUCUCUCUCUCUCCUCUAUAGCUCACUUCCUCUCUCUCUAAAAACCAGAGCUUCAAUGUCAUUGCUGUGACUCUAUUAAAGACCAGUGUCCCAAUCCUUCUUCUGUCUUUUUAAUCUUAAUUUUUAUUUUUAAAAAAAAUAUUUUGGUGUAACCGGAGAAGAAGACUAUGGGAGGUUGCACCUCCAAGCCCUCCACCUCCGUGAAACAUAAUCCUCACACACCAAGUGAAGCUAUUCCUCAAAAUGUCGAUUCUACCCCCGCCCGUCUCGAGAACUCACCGGCUCAUACCUCAACCACCGUAAAGGCUUCACCGUUCUUCCCCUUCUACACUCCUAGCCCCGCCAAACACCCGCCGUAACAAGAGCGUAGGAGGAGAGAGCAAGAGCACCACCAGCACUCCACUACGUCAGCUCGCUCGUGCUUUCCACCCUCCGUCUCCGGCGAAACAUAUACGAGAUGUUCUGCGGCGGAGGAAGGGGAAGGAGGCUACUCUCCCGGCGGAGAGCAAGUCUGAGGAGGAGGAGGUGGGGCUGGACAAGAGAUUCGGAUACUCAAAGGAGUUUGAGAGUAGGAUGGAGUUAGGGGAAGAGAUAGGGAGAGGGCAUUUUGGGUACACUUGCUCUGCUAAGUUCAAGAAAGGAGAGCUCAAGGAUCUUGAGGUUGCUGUUAAAGUCAUCCCUAAAUCUAAGAUGACAACUGCAAUAUCUAUAGAGGAUGUGAGAAGAGAAGUAAAAAUCCUGAGGGCUUUAUCUGGACAUAACAAUCUGGUGCAAUUCUAUGAUGUUUUUGAGGACAAUGACAACGUCUACAUCGCCAUGGAGUUAUGUGACGGUGGUGAACUACUUGACAGAAUACUUGCAAGGGGAGGGAAGUACUCAGAAGAUGAUGCAAAAGAAGUGCUUAUACAGAUCCUUAACGUUGUAGCUUUCUGUCAUCUCCAAGGAGUUUGUUCAUCGAGAUCUUAAACCAGAGUAAAACCUC